CUCCAAACACCCCCAUCGCACCUCUCCUAAAAGAAUAACAGAAAAAUGUCAUCUUCUACCUCAUCCUCUGCUCCUCUCAUCCACAAUGGCCUCUCUUCUUCCUUCCCUUCAAGGGUGCGAGCUUUCUUCCCUUCCUGCAUCAACCCCGUCUCUCCGUUCUCGGCCGUCGCCUCCGUCCAUGUCUCGUCUCAACGGUCGCCCCUGUCCCCUCCUCCUCGCGCCGCGGCCGGCGGUGACCAGGAGAACCGCGUUCAGGAGCUGAGGGUGCCCGAUUCUUGGCUCACGCCUGCAGGAGCAGCGCAGGAAUCCGAAUGGCUGAGGGAGACACUACACAAGUGGCUGGAUGACGAGUACUGCCCGGAGCCAGCCAAUGUGGACAUCAGCAACACUGCCGCAAGGUCGUACCAGGAGUCCUUGACGGCGAAGCAAUCCGAUGUGGGAGAGAUCCUGAUGAAGAUGGUUGGAGAUUUGCAGGAGCUUUCGUACCAGGAGAGCUUCCAUGGGGCGUUCUCGGCUGCUAAUGCCGCGGUGCGUCUGAUAACGCAGAGGAUGGAGUCAUCACCUGGUGAGUGAUCAUUUACAGAAUGCUGCACCCUCGUCGCGCUGCUCUGUGUGGAAGAUGCGAUCGUUAGAUGAGGUUUGCAUCAUGUGAGUUGGUUGAUCGAGGAACAGG